UCUGGUUAUAAAAAUAAGUGAAAUAUGAGAAUCGAUCUUUUUCGCCAUUGAAAAUAAGUGAAAUAAGAGGCAGUGUUGUUGAAAAUUAGCCGAGGAAGGGAGAAUGAGAAUCGAUCUUCUUCACCAUUGAUGUGUGCAUUAGGUUGACAGGAAACUCAAGAUUCAAAUUUCAGUUGUUGCAGCCAGUGUGACUACAUUAUUAAUCGUAAAGGGUGAUCAUUUACGGUCAUUCAGAUGGCCUAUGAACUAAAUGAACAGAAGAAAAUUGGUUUGGGUCUUAUUGGCUUUGGAAUAUUUUUUACAUUUCUCGGGGCACUUCUAUUUUUCGAUAGGGGUUUGCUUGCGCUGGGGAAUAUAUUUUGGUUAACAGGCGUAGCCAUUUUGCUUGGUUGGUAUUCGACUUGGAAGCUUUUCACAAACAGGGCAAACUAUAAGGGAACGGUGUCUUUCAUUUUGGGACUUUUCUUUAUAUUUGUUCGUUGGCCAAUUGUUGGUAUUAUAUUGGAACUUUAUGGUUGUAUUGCUCUCUUUGGUGGCUUUUGGCCAACAGUUAAGGUGUUCCUCUACCAGAUUCCAGUUGUUGGAUGGAUUAUACAGUAUCCUGUUUUGCUUCUUGAUCGUCUAAGGGGCGCUUGAAGACUUGCUGUCAUCCGCUGCUUCUGAUAACUGCGUGAAGUUUUAACUGGCUGAUCAUAAUUUAACCUUCAAAGAGGUCAUCAAAUGAGUAUCCUCGUAAACCAUAAUUUAGGAAAGGCAGCUUCGUUUGUGCAAUUUAAUCCAUUUUUUCAAAAUACAGAUUGUGAAAAAUAACUCUGGCUCCAUUAAUGUAUAAAAAAUUACACCAUUUAUGUUGUUGGAAUCAAUACAAUGAAUGAUUUUCUAUUGAGUUA